GAAGAUACAGUAAUCUGGUUGAGUAGCAGAGUCACAAUUUCAAUGGCCACGGAACUUUGUGGCGGGUCUCUAUUCUUAUCCGUUAAAACUCAACGGUUACUCCACCAUUCUCAACGAACACCAAUAACCGCCACUAGUUUCUUCAGUUCCUCAUCCAAACCUCGCUUCACCUUUUCCCGCCGCAAUUCCUCCGUCUUCUGCCGCGUUGCCAGCACCGACACCGUCUCUAACUUCGACUCCCCUGCUAAAGAUGGCCAGGAUCGUCUCUCUAAAGUGCCGGUGUCGAAUAUACGGAACUUUUCCAUCAUUGCUCAUAUUGACCAUGGGAAGUCCACGUUAGCGGAUAAGUUGCUUCAGGUUACUGGUACUGUGCCACAGCGAGAAAUGAAGGAACAGUUUCUUGAUAAUAUGGAUUUAGAGAGAGAAAGAGGCAUCACUAUUAAGCUUCAGGCUGCUCGAAUGCGUUAUGUGUUUGAAAAUGAACCAUAUUGCUUAAAUUUGAUAGAUACUCCUGGACACGUCGACUUCUCCUACGAGGUUUCUCGAUCACUCGCUGCGUGUGAGGGUGCUCUCCUUGUAGUAGAUGCUUCUCAGGGGGUUGAAGCACAAACACUAGCUAAUGUUUAUUUAGCUUUGGAUAACAACCUAGAAAUUAUCCCUGUUUUGAACAAAAUAGAUCUUCCAGGUGCAGAACCAGAUCGAGUUCUCAAAGAGAUUGAAGAGGUUAUAGGUCUAGACUGUAGCAAUGCCAUUCUCUGCUCUGCAAAGGAAGGAAUAGGUAUAAUGGACAUUCUCAAUGCAAUUGUUGCAAGAGUUCCCCCACCUUCUGAUACAUCAAAGAAGCCACUGAGGGCUUUAAUAUUUGAUAGUUACUACGAUCCAUAUAGAGGUGUUAUUGUAUACUUCCGAGUUGUAGAUGGCACAAUAAAGAAAGGCGACAGAGUUUAUUUUAUGGCUAGUGGUAAGGAUUAUUUUGCCGAUGAAAUUGGAGUUUUGUCUCCCAAUCAACUUCAAGCUGAAGAGUUGUUUGCUGGUGAGGUGGGCUAUCUAUCUGCAUCAAUAAGAACAGUAGCUGAUGCCAGAGUGGGUGACACGAUCACCCACCAUUUUAGAAAGGCAGACAAUUUACUCCCUGGAUAUGAGGAAGCCACUCCUAUGGUGUUCUGUGGCCUGUUUCCUAUUGAUGCUGACCAAUUUCCCGAGCUACGGGAUGCACUUGAGAAGCUUCAACUCAAUGAUGCUGCACUGAAGUUUGAACCUGAAACCUCAAGUGCUAUGGGAUUUGGCUUUAGAUGUGGGUUUCUGGGUCUUCUCCACAUGGAAAUUGUUCAGGAGAGACUUGAGAGAGAAUACAAUUUGAGCCUGAUAACUACUGCUCCAAGUGUUGUAUACAGAGUGAACUGUGCUAAUGGUGAUACUGUUGAAUGCUCAAAUCCAUCUUUGCUUCCUGAGCCUGGUAUAAGAAGAUCAAUUGAGGAGCCAGUUGUUAAGAUUGAGAUGCUUACGCCAAAGGACUAUAUUGGCCCGCUUAUGGAACUGGCUCAAGAAAGAAGAGGGCAGUUCAAAGAAAUGAAAUUUAUGAGUGAAAUUAGGGCGUCGCUCACCUAUGAAUUACCACUAGCUGAGAUGGUUGGUGAUUUCUUUGACCAAUUAAAGUCAAGAAGUAAGGGUUACGCUAGUAUGGAGUAUACUGUUACCGGUUACAAAGAAAGUGAUUUAACUAAACUCGACAUACAGAUAAAUGGUGAAUGUGUAGAGCCGUUGGCUACAAUUGUGCACAGAGAUAAGGCGUAUUCUGUGGGAAGGGCUUUGACUCUAAAGUUGAAGGAGCUCAUACCACGGCAAAUGUUUAAAAUACCAAUUCAAGCAUGCAUAGGAGCUAAAGUGAUUGCUAGUGAAUCUUUAUCUGCAAUAAGGAAAGAUGUAUUAGCCAAAUGCUACGGUGGGGACAUUACGAGAAAAAAGAAACUGCUUAAGAAACAGGCUGAAGGAAAGAAGAGAAUGAAAUCAAUUGGUAAAGUUGAUGUGCCUCAAGAAGCCUUUAUGGCAGUUUUGAAACUUGAGAAGGAGGUACUCUGAUCAUGUUUGCAUGUAAGUUGCAGCAUUGUUUGGAUGCAAUCUGAUCAACAAACACGAAUAUAAACGAAUGAUAUAUACCUCAGAUGAAUCCCUUAUAGUAUCACAUUUAUUUUUCUCUAGCCCAUAUAUUUUAUUGUGUCCGCUGAUUUCCUACUUCGUGGGCAAAAGGAGCCGUGCUAUAUAGCACUGCUCAAUUGUAAAUAUAUCGGGAAAAUUUGAUGUAUUCUUUUAUUGUAAUAUGAUCCAAAUGUAAUCAAUGAUUCUUGGCGCAUAUACAACAUUUUGGAUUUGGAUUAUUUCCUCA